AUGUCCAACACACAAGUCAACAUGGAAGAUGAGCCCGAUUGUGGCUCAGAUGCUGAUGUGAUGUCCGAUGAUGGACUUUACAUUCCUGGAAUUUCAGCAACAGAACCUGCUGGCACAACAACUGUUGAAAUAGAUGUUACCAAGAGGAAAAGAAGGAGUAUUGUUUGGGAGGAGUUUGAAAUUCUUGAGGGGAAGGGUUUUAGUGAUGGGAAGGAACGAGCGAAAUGCAAUAGGUGUAGGCAAAUCUAUAAGGCUGAUAGUACUACUAAUGGAAUUGGAACCCUUAGGAGACAUAUUUUACAUUGCCCAAAACGGAAAAACAAAGGACCAACCCAAAUGACUCUGGGUGUUAAUGAUGGGAAAUUAAUGUUAAGAGAUAAAAAGGUUGACCAAGUCUGGGUAAGUGAUAAGGUCACGAGGCUUAUUGUGAGACAUGAGUUACCUUUAAUCUUUGUUGAGUAUGAGGAGUUUAGGGAAUUAAUCACAUACAUUUUUCCUGACUACACCCAUAUUACCCGCAACACACAAAUGGCGGAGAUUUUGAAGUUUUACAAUUUGGAGUCCAGUAGAAUCCAUAAUCUACUCAAGUCAUUUAAUGGGAAGAUUUCUUUGACAAGUGAUCUAUGGACAUCCAUCACCAAUGAUGGAUACUUAUCUUUGACUGGCCAUUAUAUUGAUAAGGAUUGGGUGUUGCAUAAGAAAUUAUUGAAGUUUUGCAUCAUGCCACCUCCACAUACUGGCCUCAAUAUUUGUGAAAUGGUUUCAAAGAUCUUGUCUGAGUGGGGUAUUGAUCGGAAAUUGUUUUCAAUUACUUUGGAUAAUGCUACUUCUAAUUUCAGCUUUGUUGAGUUGUUGAAGAGAAAUCUGAAUUUGAAGAAUGCUCUUUUAUGUAAAGGAGAAUUCUUUCAUAAUAGGUGUUGUGCUCAUAUUCUCAAUCUCAUUGUACAAGAUGGACUAAAGCACAUAGACGAGUCUGUGGCAUUGAUUCGAUCUAGUAUAGCCUAUGUGAAAGGAUCACAAGCAAGGAAAAUGAAAUUCUUGGAUAUUUGUAAGCAAUUGUCAUUACCAAGUAGUAAGGGGUUGCAUGGAGAUGUCACCACAAGGUGGAACUCAACUUAUAUCAUGCUUAAUUCUGCUUUAUUUUAUCGGAAAGCAUUUGAGAACCUUGGACUAGUGGAGGACAAUUAUAAAACUUGUCCAGAUUCUGAUCAAUGGUUAAAGAUUGAAAAAUUGAUGGGUUUUUUGCAUCCCUUCUAUGAAAUCACUGUUUUGCUUUCAGGUUCUAAGUAUCCUACAUCAAAUUUGUAUUUUGAAAAUGUUUAG